AAUACCACCAUGUCGCGCUCUCUCAGAACACGCUCCAUUCGUUUGCAACAACCUAGCGACAUUUGUGAAGACACUGCUGACUUGAAGUUGGAUUCUCAGUCACGCAACAACCAGCCACUACAAAAUAUCGGCUCUAAUGCCAGUCGUCCGAGACGCAGAGGAAGAGCACCAAUCGGGGCACUGGGAGAAAAGCUUAAGUUGAAGGCCAAGGCUCUUAGUCCACUACCUCCUUCCUCUCCGACGCGCUUUUCAUCUCCGAUAUUGGAGGCAGGGCCAGAAUCCGACUCUUUGCCUACCGCCACUUCCGACGACUUUCACGAAUUCACUACAGAGAGUACACGUUUUGGAUAUAACGGGGAGGAUCUGGACCAGGCGUUUUAUUUAGAUUUCUCCCCCCGGUGCUAUGUCGCGCAGGACGUUAUUUUCGAAGCACCUCCAAUAAAUCGCGGUACUGGCAGCGACCCUUUUGGGUUCUUUGCUGUUGAGGAGACGCUCAAGGCGGACAGGCGGGAACAACCGCUGACUCAUCCCAUGCUGGAUCGUAAUGAACAAGCGCCUGUUACAACCCCUCGACAGAAGCUUUACCCGGCGACUGUAUCUCCUGCACCCAGAACAUCGGGCGCUUUGCCAAGCACGCCCUCGUCGGUCAAACCCGAAAGCUCCGGAAUUCCGAAACAUAAAUCCUCCGACGAUUCUGAUGCAGAAAUAUCCCAAAUUCAAGAGGACCCGGUAAACAAUGACAACGAGGGUAGUGAAGUUGGUGAAGGCGAGAAGGUUAGGGCGCGAAGAGGGAAGCAAAGGCAGACUAUCCCGCGAGAAAGCAUAGAUCCGGAUAAAUUGGCGAAAGAAUGGAAGGCAUCAUUGCCGAAAAGACGCGUCCGUCGACAGACUCAACGUGGUCAGAAGGAGGACCCGGAUAAAGAAGAGGGUGACAGGAAGACAACAAGGGGGCGGCGAACAAAGUCAGAGUCGAAGACGAAGACGAGACCAAAGAAGGAAGAACAUGAGGCGGUUAAUGAUGAUGUUGACGAGAAGUUCGUCGAGGAGCGCAAGGCGCGUUUGGAAUUCUUCAAGAAGUUGGAGGGCUAUGAGAUUCACAAGGAAAACGUUUAUAUUAUUUGAUUCUUGAAUACAGAGUGGUCGGUGCAUCAUUGGUCUGCGGUUUCGGUGGCUGAUUGAAGCGAAACAGGUGUGAGGGGCAUGCAUACUACUUUUGAUAAUUAAACUGGGUGUACAAUUUCUAAUGGCAAGCAUAUGUAUAUCCACUGAGUUCUCUACUACGAACCCUGUGACACUGACUGUGAUCUCCGUCUAUUGAUCUCCGCCACUCGUGCACUGUGCUCCUGGAAAAACUCCGUCGUCUUCCUGCUGU